UGUUGAGUGCCCCUCGUUUUGAAUGCCGUCAAAUGACAGCACAAAUACUUGUAACACGCGUUUUCUAUCUGACCUUAAAUAAACGAGCUUGCGCUCCAUUCGGCCUCUUUUACCGCUGAACACCAAACGGGAAACAUCGAGUUUUUCUGCUCCGCAAACCUAUCCAAAUCACAACCCUCAUUUCUAAAUCCCGGUUGUUUUAAUUGGCGACGAAGGAGUGAAGAACUACGCGAGCGAUUUUUUCUUUCGGUGGUGUAUUUAAUCGAACAGUUUUUUUUAAUCAAUUUUUCCUUUGCGGGAUUGAAACGAUCGUCCUGUUCGGGUGUACACGCAUCGGGGAAGAAAUUUGCUAGCCAUUGUGUGCGAGUAGCGGCGGCACCAUUUUGUUUUCUACAAACCGACGCCGAGUGAGCAGCAGCAAAAAACCGAGGAUUCUGUCGGUGUGCCUGGAAGUGCGGUACCUGUUGGCCGGAGAUUCGCAUCGGAACGGUCGCAGCACGGCGAAUUCCGUGGUUCGGGCGGCAAGUGGCACGAUUUUGCGCGGCGUAUUCCGGUGGAUUUUUGCUGAUUCGGUGCGGUGAAGGUUCUGCUUUUUGCGGUGGUUUGGAGCGUCGGCAGUUCCGGCGGCAUUUUUGGGACAAAGGAGAGCGUUCGUUGGCGGCGGUGACCAGGCGAUUUGUUCUUGGACCGGGAGAAAGCAGCUUUGUGAGGCCAAAUCGCCACGGUGUAAUUCAGCUGUUUGAGCCGGUGCACAAACUUUUGCUUCGCUGAACGACGUUUUCCUGUGCUGGUGCACGGUGCGCACGACGAGUUUUAAAGGAGGUUAAGUUUGCUUGCUGGCAAAGGCCGGGUGCGAGAUCGGUGAGUAGCAAGCUUUUCUUUGAUUUGAUCCCUGGAUUUGCAGUAAUAGAGAUUUUUGUGUGUUUUCUUUUUAUUUUUUUUCUUUGGGAAAUUUGGAAUUUGAUUUUUUUUACCUGAUUUUUGAUAUCAAGACAUGGGUUCGAACGGGUUAGCUACCUCUAUUGAGAUGUUUAGGAAGGGUACGUCAUUUACGGACUGGUCAGAUCGACUGGCCUAUACCUUUCACGCAAAUCAAGUUGCGGCUGAUCGCCAAAAAUCGCAUUUCAUGACGAUUUGCGGACCGUUUCUUUUUUCUCAAUUAAAGCUGCACUACAGCAAAGAUGAGCUGGAUAAAGCCUCUUAUGCUGAUAUUGUGUUAAAAUUGAAACAAAAAUUGGACAAAACGGAGCCGGACUUAGUCCAGCGCUUUCGUUUUAGUCAGCGAAACCAGCAACCUGAUGAAUCCAAUGAGGAUUUCGUGCAGGCGGUCAAGCUGCAGGCGGAAUUCUGUGGUUUUGGUGCGUUUAAGGACGUGGCCAUAAUGGACAGAGUUCUGGCGGGUCUUCUUGACGGGAAUUUGAAGGAGAAUUUGUUGAAGGAGGAGGGGUUGACUUUGGACAAGAUGGACAAGUUCAUCACAACAUGGAACAUAGCAAAACGUAACGUGAAUGCACUUAACAAUCAAAACUCUUGUGCUAAUUUUGGACAAUUUAACUACCCUCCACCUGAAAUGGUCAACCAAGUUCGAAGACCGGUGCACGAGAGAUCGGGCUUCAAUAGAAACAAUAAUAGAUACAACAACAAUAGAUCGGGUCAAAAUAAUCAUCAGCAUCGCGCACAAAAUACACAUAACACACAACGUUCAGUCAGAUUUCAAGGUGAUAACCGUAAUAACAAUCAAAGAAACACAAACACAAACAACAACAACAGAUUCAAUAAUCGAACUGAGAGGGUUAAGCCUGAUUAUUCUGAGACUGUUUGCGAUUAUUGUGGGAAACUGGGGCACAUUAAAAAGAGGUGCUUCACCUGGAAGAAUUUGCGUCGUGAUGCUGUGAAUUUCGUCGAGAUGGCGCGACCGGGAACCAGUGCUGAGAGGGAGCUGGCGGAUCUAUUGGGGCGUAUGAAUACGAGGGAGGAUCCGAAUGAGGAGACUUCGGAUGCUGAAAGCUACUCCGAGUGGAACCAAGGUGUCGGCUGGAAGCGCGGUGUGGCUAGCGCAUCGCGAUCAGCUUAAACCACAUUACCAGCAACAAGGCGAACGGCCGAACCUGAUGACGCCGUUCGAGAAGUCUACGCCGGACGCGGCAGUGGUGGAUUUGGACGUUGAGAUGCUGAAUUUAGACGAAGAUAUGUUGGGGGCCGGAUACGGCGGAAGCGGCUUGUUCCGGGGUUUCCCGGAAGCUGCAACGGCACGAUCCAGAAGCCGGAAGCGAGACGCAUCCGCGGCGGAAUUGCCGGCGGUCUGCCUUCGGCGCUCGAAGAGAAACAGGAAGCCUGUUUCGAACAGUGAAUUCAUUUAUGAUUAAUUAUACAUUAACAGAACACUUUGUUCUUUCAAAUUAAUACAAACAGUUGAAUUAGAUUUGUACUUGAUACAGUUUUCUUUAUAUCCAUUUAUUUGUUAUCAUUUAUCUAUGAGUUCGAUUAACUUUAGUUUUAAGCAAAGGGGGGAGGACUGUUGAGUGCCCCUCGUUUUGAAUGCCGUCAAAUGACAGCACAAAUACUUGUAACACGCGUUUUCUAUCUGACCUUAAAUAAACGAGCUUGCGCUCCAUUCGGCCUCUUUUACCGCUGAACACCAAACGGGAAA